AUGGCCAUACCUGCGGAAGUAGCAAAUGACGCCUUGAAUGUCAUGCUUGCUGUUGUACAGACACUCAUGAAGCGGUGCAUCAAGGUGAAGGAUAGUGAUCCCGAGGCCUUAAGGCUGUCGGACGAGAUUGCCAGGCGCGUGGCAAAAGAUUUGAAACUAUACAGUGGGGAUGCUACAUCAUUCUCCCCACAGCUACUCUCAUUUGCCGCUGUUGUGAGACAGCACUCAAAGGGUGGCGCCUUUGAAAACGUUCCCGACUGGACCUCGGUCACCAAUGACGACCCACGGAUCAAGAGCCAUCCACGAUUUGAGAAGACUGUGGACUAUUGCCCCCCCUCCACACUCGACAUUCCUGCCAUCCCCACAGUGACUGAUAUUCCCGCUACUGUCCUGACAACACCGACCCUCAUUGUCCCGCCACCGACAGCCUCGACUCCACCAUCCAUGCCAUCCCACACGGACACGGGUAUCAUCGCCAAGCCAGUAUCGGAACCGAAACGACGGGUGCGAGUGCCCAAGAACCCGCCCCAUGUCGGUCGUCCAGCACAUCCGCCCCUAAGAUACCGACACUUGUAUUUUCCGGAGGCUGAGAGGGAACAGUGGAAGGUAGCUUCUGCUGCCGGUGAUAGCAAGAAGAGGAAGGCGGAAGAUGAAGAUACUGAUGGGGCCAUUGCGGUUGCCAACAAGAAGAGGAAGUUGAAGUCCGAUGUCGACAAAGAGCCAACAGGAGUCAUCUAUGUGAAACGAAAGGUGUCUAAGGGCUUGCCGCUCCAGAAAGUAGCUCCUGUCGCUACUGGCAAGGAUGCUCCACUAGUCGCAGCCAAAUCUUUCCGGGACUCAAAAACGCGGCCUGCAGAAUGGGGCUCCGAUUCUGAUGUCGCUACUCCGUGGCAGCAUUCCGUUCGUUACCACCCCCGACAGUGCGACAAGUGCGCCAAGUUGGACAUAGCCUGCCUUGUCCUCCCCGACAAGAAAUUCGGGCACACACGCCUGGCCUGCGCCAAUUGCGACACCAUGAAGAUCACGUGCGCAAUCGACGGCGUUGGUGUCCGGCAGAGGUUGCAAGGUAAGGCAGCGAAAGCUUCCUCUGACGCGCCCAAACGCCCCCACACACCCAAGUCCCGAGCCGUCUCGCAAACACUCGUGGCGCGUCCUUCCCGCUCUCAAUGGAGCAUUGUCAUAGAUGAAGGGGCGGAGCGAAAGCCCACGGAGGUCUUUCCGAGUCGAGCUGAAAAGCAGCCGGAACAUGGGCAAUCGUCUGCGCCGGCCAACCUACGCAAAUUAGAGCCCACAUCAAGAGAUAUCUUACAGGGCAUCCAGGACCUCGGUAGGAGAUUGGAUCUCCUCGCCACCAAUGAGCGGGUAGAAGCGUUGGAAGUCAGAGUGGGUUCGGUGGAGACCAACCUGCUCAAGCGGUUGGACGAGUUAGAGCAACGGCUCAACGAAUCCGAUGCCCGGUGGAACUCUUUGAAAUCCCUAGGAUAG